AUGAGCGACGCCGUGGAAUUCCAUCGGAGCGCAGGCGCCGAGGCUCCGGAGCCUAACCUGUUUGGGACUGGUUCACGGCCUGACAACGAAGGCGCCGACACCUCCCUGGCGACAUUCAAGCGGAACGACGACCCUGCGAUUGAGCUCCCCGAUCUCGCCCCUUCUCCUCCCCCCCCUUCCAAGGCACCUUUUACACGUGGGCACCGCCGUCGUUCCACCCACGUUACUCGCCGUGACCUUGAGAAGUUUCAAAAGGAGGUCUUGGGCGUUGAAAACCACGCCUCCUGGUACGACGAGGACAGCGGCACCUCCCGACCCAUUGAUCCCUACGAUCCUCAACUCGAAGAACUCAACCGUGCGUUUGCCCUCGCCGAUAUGUCGAUGAACAGCAACACUCCCGGGUCGAGCAUGUAUUCGGGCUAUGAUGGUUCUCCCGGCACACCGAACAUGGGGGGCAUUCCUCGGCAGCCCAUGUCCCCCGCACUCUCUCAUACCUCGUCUCAAGUCAAUGGUGGAGGCAUGGGUGCCAUGAAUACCGGUAUACCGAUGAAUGCGGGACAUCAGAUGGAUUUGCAUCAUCUAUAUGAGAUGGUAAUGGAACUGAGCGAGGUUUUGCGGAACAAUCGCGACGUUACAAAGAACAUUGUCUCGAGUGCCGAGGAAAUAAUGAAGCAUGGCUCUUCCGACAGCGCAAACCCCGCUGUACAGCAAAUGAACGGCGAAAUUUCUGGUCGGUUAUCCUUCAAGUCCUGCUACCAUGGUUUUCACCUACUGACCAUUGUUACAGCGGCCCGUAUUGCAGAGCUCGAGCGCGCACUAUCCAAGGAGAAACGUCUUGCCGAAGAUCUCAAACGCGAGCAGAUGGAGAACACGAAGUUGAUCGGUGACUACGAGGCUGGUGUCAGCACGAUGGUUGAGCAGAUCCGCAACUACUGUCAGAACAACAACAUGCAUUUCCUCUACCAGAAAAACCACUAUAACAACCUUCUCCAAGCCGAGCGAGAUGCCCAUCUGGAGAGCCGGCUUGACCGGGACUACUGGCACGCACAGACCAUGAAAUGCGCCGAAAUGAUCCGCAACGCCCACCGUCUCCGGUCAGAGGAAGAAGACCUCCCGGUUCGUAUUGUUGCCGGUCUCCAGAAUGAGGUCCGCGCAUACCGCAAUGCGCUUGGAAUGGAGCCCGAGAAACCGGAGGACGAGUAUGGAUGGGAGAUCCUCAAGGACCUCUCAUCCAGUGCGGGUUGA